AUGUCUGAAGCAUCCCUACCCGUUCACGCCAAGGACAAUCCCAAUGUUGCAGCCGAUGGCGCACCCUCCAAGAAUGCCCUGAAAAAGGCUCAAAAGGAAGCCGAAAAGGCGGCCAAGAAAGCUGCUGCAAAGAAGGCCGAUGAAGAGAAGAGAGCAGCACAACAAUCCCAAGCAGCGGAGGAUACUGCCAAAGAUAAUUACGGAACAACGUUACCCCCGGACGUCGAGUUCACCGAGUUGACGAGUCUGAAUGAUGAGCAUAUCGAUAAAGAAGUCACCGUCAGUGUACGCGUACACAAUAGCAGAGGACAAAGUGCCAAACUCGCUUUCCUGAUGUUGAGAGAACAGGGGAAGACAAUCCAGGCUGUCCUAGCUGCCAACGACGACACCGUCUCCAGACAGAUGAUCAAAUGGGCCAUGAGCAUCAAUGUCAACUCCUAUGUCGAAGUGUCCGGUAUUGUCAAAAAGCCCAAUCCUCCAGUCGCAUCGGCAACCGUCAGCGGUCUUGAACUACAUGUCACCAAGAUCUUUUUGGUCUCGCCCGCUUCGGAGGUCAUCCCCAUGCAGGUUAAGGAUGCUGAGAGACCUCCACCAGCCGCCGCGGAGGAAGGCUCCGUUGACGCUGAGGGAGCACCGAUAGUUACGUUGAAGACAAGACUUGACAACCGAGUGAUUGAUCUACAGACCGAAUGCAACCAAGCGAUCUUGACAAUCUCAAGUGGUGUCGAGAAACUGUUUUGCGAAUACAUGUGGAAUAGUGGAUCAAGGAAAAUGAAUACCCCAAAACUCUUGGGUGCCGCGACUGAAGGCGGUUCUGGUGUCUUUGAAGUCAGCAAUUACUUUGGAAAGAGCGCAUACUUGGCCCAGAGUCCUCAGCUAUACAAGCAAAUGUUAAUUGCGGCCGACUGCAAAAGCGUAUUUGAAGUUGGUCCAGUCUUUCGCGCUGAGAACAGCAACUCUCAUCGUCAUUUGACAGAGUUCACCGGCCUUGAUUUUGAGAUGGUCUUCAAACGCCACUAUCACGAGGUGCUCGACUUUGCCGAGAAGCUCAUCGUCUUCAUUGUCAACGAACUCAACACCCGCUACACAGAUGAGAUUGCCGUCAUCAAGAAGUUCUUCCCACGAGCAGGAGAUUUCCGUAUCAAAGACAACAAAGCUCUCCGACUGAAAUACUUCGAUGGCAUCAAAAUAUUACGUGAUGCUGGCGUUGAUACAACAGAACAAGACAACUACGUGACCGAUCUGACGACUGCACAAGAGAAGAAGCUGGGGCAGCUGAUUCGCGAAAAGUACGACACCGAUUUCUACGUUCUUGACGAAUUCCCAAUGGUUGUUCGACCCUUCUAUACCAAACCUCAUCCGACCGAUGCCAACCUCUCGAACUCGUAUGAUUUCUUCAUGCGUGGAGAGGAAAUCAUGUCGGGUGCACAACGUAUCAACGAUGCUGCUGAGUUAGAAGCAUCAAUGAGGGCAAAAGGAGUGGAUCCAGCUUCACCAGGUUUCUCUGACUACGUCGAUGCAUUCAGACAAGGCUGCAAGCCUCAUGCCGGAGGUGGUCUGGGAUUGAACAGAAUUGUUCAAUUCUUCCUUGGCUUGGACAACGUCAGGCAGGCGACACCGUUCCCCCGUGAUCCCCAGAGAUUGCGUCCUUAG